UCCUCAUUUAAAUUCAGCUCAAUUUCACCUCCAUAAUAUAUACACACACUCUCUCCAUUUUCACUCACUCCUUAUCACCAAACAAUUCUUGGGUGUUUGAAUAUAUACCCGAAAUAAUUUCCUCUCUGUAUCAAGAAUCAAACAGAUCUGAAUUGAUUUGUCUGUUUUUUUUUCUUGAUUUUGUUAUAUGGAAUGACGGAUUAUAGAAUACCAACGAUGACUAAUAUAUGGAGCAAUACUACAUCCGAUGAUAAUAUGAUGGAAGCUUUUUUAUCUUCUGAUCCGUCGUCGUUUUGGCCCGGAACAACUACUACACCAACUCCCCGGAGUUCAGUUUCUCCAGCGCCGGCGCCGGUGACGGGGAUUGCCGGAGACCCAUUAAAGUCUAUGCCAUAUUUCAACCAAGAGUCACUGCAACAGCGACUCCAGACUUUAAUCGAUGGGGCUCGCAAAGGGUGGACGUAUGCCAUAUUUUGGCAAUCGUCUGUUGUGGAUUUCGCGAGCCCCUCGGUUUUGGGGUGGGGAGAUGGGUAUUAUAAAGGUGAAGAAGAUAAAAAUAAGCGUAAAACGGCGUCGUUUUCGCCUGACUUUAUCACGGAACAAGCACACCGGAAAAAGGUUCUCCGGGAGCUGAAUUCUUUAAUUUCCGGCACACAAACCGGUGGUGAAAAUGAUGCUGUAGAUGAAGAAGUAACUGAUACUGAAUGGUUUUUUCUGAUUUCCAUGACACAAUCGUUUGUUAACGGAAGCGGGCUUCCGGGCCUGGCGAUGUAUAGUUCAAGCCCGAUUUGGGUUACUGGAACAGAGAGAUUAGCUGUUUCUCACUGUGAACGGGCCCGACAGGCCCAAGGUUUCGGGCUUCAGACUAUUGUUUGUAUUCCUUCAGCUAAUGGUGUUGUUGAGCUCGGGUCAACUGAGUUGAUAUUCCAGACUGCUGAUUUAAUGAACAAGGUUAAAGUUUUGUUUAAUUUUAAUAUUGAUAUGGGUGCGACUACGGGCUCAGGAUCGGGCUCAUGUGCUAUUCAGGCCGAGCCCGAUCCUUCAGCCCUUUGGCUGACUGAUCCGGCUUCUUCAGUUGUGGAAGUCAAGGAUUCGUCGAAUACAGUUCCUUCAAGGAAUACCAGUAAGCAACUUGUGUUUGGAAAUGAGAAUUCUGAAAAUGGUAAUCAAAAUUCUCAGCAAACACAAGGAUUUUUCACUAGGGAGUUGAAUUUUUCCGAAUAUGGAUUUGAUGGAAGUAAUACUCGGUAUGGAAAUGGGAAUGCGAAUUCUUCGCGUUCUUGCAAGCCUGAGUCUGGUGAAAUCUUGAAUUUUGGUGAUAGUACUAAGAGGAGUGCUUGCAGUGCAAAUGGGAGCUUGUUUUCGGGCCAAUCACAGUUCGGGCCCGGGCCUGCGGAGGAGAACAAGAACAAGAACAAGAAAAGGUCACCUGCAUCAAGAGGAAGCAACGAUGAAGGAAUCCUUUCAUUUGUUUCGGGUGUGAUUUUGCCAAGUUCAAACACGGGGAAGUCCGGUGGAGGUGGCGAUUCGGAUCAAUCAGAUCUCGAGGCUUCGGUGGUGAAGGAGGCGGAUAGUAGUAGAGUUGUAGACCCCGAGAAGAAGCCGAGGAAACGAGGGAGGAAACCGGCUAACGGGAGAGAGGAGCCAUUGAAUCAUGUGGAGGCAGAGAGACAAAGGAGGGAGAAAUUGAAUCAAAGAUUCUAUGCACUUAGAGCUGUUGUACCAAAUGUGUCAAAAAUGGAUAAAGCAUCACUUCUUGGUGAUGCAAUUGCAUUUAUCAAUGAGUUGAAAUCAAAGGUUCAGAAUUCUGACUCAGAUAAAGAGGACUUGAGGAACCAAAUCGAAUCUUUAAGGAAUGAAUUAGCCAACAAGGGAUCAAACUAUACCGGUCCUCCCCCGUCAAAUCAAGAACUCAAGAUUGUAGAUAUGGACAUCGACGUUAAGGUGAUCGGAUGGGAUGCUAUGAUUCGUAUACAAUCUAAUAAAAAGAACCAUCCAGCCGCGAGGUUAAUGACCGCUCUCAUGGAAUUGGACUUAGAUGUGCACCAUGCUAGUGUUUCAGUUGUCAACGAGUUGAUGAUCCAACAAGCGACUGUGAAAAUGGGAAGCCGGCUUUACACGCAAGAACAACUUCGGAUAUCAUUGACAUCCAGAAUUGCUGAAUCGCGAUGAAGAGAAAUACAGUAAAUGGAAAUUAUCAUAGUGAGCUCUGAAUAAUGUUAUCUUUCAUUGAGCUAUUUUAAGAGAAUUUCUCCUAUAGUUAGAUCUUGAGAUUAAGGCUACUUAAAGUGGAAAGUUGAUUGAGCUUUCCUCUUAGUUUUUGGGUAUUUUUCAACUUUUAUAUCUAGUUUGUUUUCCACAUUUUCUGUACAUAAACAUGUGAAACCAAUACUAGAUCUCAAGUUCUUGUUUUUAGUUCAUGUAAUUAGAAAUAAAUAUGCAGCUUCAUCUUUUUCUGUUA